CACGUUUUCACGUUCGCCGACCUUGACCAACCUGUGUCUAUACGAGUAUCGGAACGUUUAGGCCAAACUUUUGAGACCUAACGUAGUUCCGCAGGUGCUGUAGAUGCAGAGAUGGUAAGAUAUAAAAGUGAGUGAUAGUCCAAGGAUCCAACUCAUUCCUAUCCUUCCACCGUUCCAAUCAUGCCUGGCUUACUUUCCUCUAUCCAGCGUUACGACAUGUCCACAGGCAUCCCAAAGGCCGUAUGGACUGCUCUAUACGCCAAUGCUGCUCGUGCCAAUCUUGUCCUUCCCCACGCCGAGAAGGUUUUCGGUCACCAAAAGUUCACGCCCAAAAUUGUUUCCACUGAGCAACUUUGGUUGGUGUACUCGAAGCCUGGAACUUCCGAAAUCCAGUUCGUGCUUUCCUGCACGGAAGGACCACUAGGCAAAUACCCCCUCUACAUCAUCCCCACAGUCCCCGCCCAAGAUUUGACGCCCGAGCUCCUCAAAAGUUCCAUGGAGGCGCUAUGCAGUGCGCUUCUGAGCGAAUCUGGCCUCACCAGAGCGAGAGUCUUUUCUGUGUUUUCCAUUGAGAAAGUCACGGAGGCCUUCGUUCGGGAAUGGGAGGAAGUCGCAAAGAUCAAUCGCAUCGAGGAGCCAUAUUACAGCGCAAUUUUCUCGGUGUGUACCGCAAGCACAUUGGUCCGACAACAGCGACCUCCUCGUCCAUCAGGGGAUGUGGUUCUUGAGCCGCGUCUUGCUGCAGAACAGGACGUCGACCAGGUUGCUUUACUGUGUUGCGAUUUUGCCGCGACUUCGCCCCCGUUCAUUCUCACCGACGAGAAAGCUCGUGAAGAAGCUAGGCUUCUGAUUGCCAACAGACAAUUGUGGGUACUCGAGAUGCAAAAGCGCAAUGGAAAUCCCGAGAUCGCCACUAUUGUUGCUGUGACGCGGAAGUCAGAAGGUGUUGCCACCAUCACAAAGGUCUAUACACCAGAGAAGUGGAGGGGUAAUGGCGGUGCUGAGAGACUGGUUCGCCAUGUCUGCAUUGAAUUGCUGGAGAAGUACAAGCAAAUCGUCUUAUAUGUCGGGGUUGACAAUUGCGCCAAGGUGGUGUAUGACCGCGUGGGUUUCCAAGGUCUCAGUGAGGGGUCUUCCUCGUCGGAGCGAUGGCUAGAGAUGGGUUUCGAUGAAAACAAAGUGGAACUCGGACAUUGGUAG